AUGAGGUCGAAAGAUUUAAAUAUGGAAGCGGCACUACCACAUUUUCAUCGGUUAUCGACGUCCCGUUUCUAUCAUCAAUAUGCCGCACCCCCCGUCCGGAUCUCCAGCAACUAUCUUCAUGAACUCUUGCCGCAGCAACAUCCCAGUAUUCUUCAACAAUAUUUAGCAUAUUACAAUGAACCAUUGGUGCCGCUUGAUCUAUCGCUAAAAUCAACUUCUCCUAUAACCCCACCUUGCACUCCCCCGCCCUCACAGAAGCGAAAAUCUCCAGAUGAACUAAACAAUACACAAUCUCCGAAAAUAUUUAGACACUUUGAAGAAAGUAACUCAAAAGAAGCAAUUGAUAAGAUCCAAAAACGCAAAUGUGAUGAUGAUAAUUCUAAUGACAGCGAUAGUCCUGAGGCAAAGAAACUUAAAUUCACCAAACAAUUUUUCGACGAAUUACGCACAUGUCUACCAGCAGAACAAGCUUCACCAAAAAGCGGAAGGAGUUCGCCGGACAUUGUUGAAAUAAGGGACGUCGAAGAGCGUCCAAAGAAGUCUCCGAAACCUCCGCAACCGAUGAAAAAGAGUAAAGCAGUCAGAAGAUUAAUGUUUGAUGAAGACAAAACGUCUCCCGUGUCUGGAACGAUCAUACGGGACUUGGCUGAAGAUGAAACGUUAGUUGUUCGAAAGGGCGACAUAGAUCCAGCGUUCAACGUAGUCGAAGUGACAGACGAGGCGAAGGCCCUCAUAGCAAGCAUAGAGAACCGCCUUGGCCGUUACAUCUGCCGUCUCUGCCGGCGACUAUACGGGGAUGCGUUUGCUCUAGCACAGCACAGGUGUUCCAGAAUCGUGCAUAUUGAAUAUCGCUGUCCCGAAUGUGAUAAGGUAUUCAAUUGCCCAGCAAACCUGGCAUCCCACCGUCGUUGGCAUAAGCCGCGCGUGGCUGGCGCCAGCAAGCGACGAGAGCCAGCCACUGACGGCCGUUUCCCCUGCCACCGCUGCGGUAAGAUGUUCCGAAGACAGGCGUAUCUUCGUAAACAUCUGCUGGCUCACGAACAACCCGAUGAAGUGGAAAAAGAACCUUCUGCAUUUCGACAGGUCCAUGUAGAUUAUCCGACUUAUCCACCGGAAUGCCGUGACAACAACUAUAAUACGUUCUGGAACAAGAUCCCGGUGCCGCAGCAGGAGGUGUCCUGGGAUGACGUGCAGGCAAGGUGCGCGUCUCCAUGCUCCUCGGAAGAUUCCAGAAGUCUUGACGUCACGGGCUCGGAAGACGAGGGCGGGGGAGAGGACGGCUGACGACGCGUGUUGCGGCCCGUGCCGCGCUUCCCCUACCCGGUGCACAGCACUCUCUACCCCUACCCACAUCCCUACGGACACGACCGUAUGUACUUCUCUUAGAUCUU